AUGUUAGAUUUUUUUAAGAGGCUGAACCAGUGCGAGGAAAAGGCUGCAUUGCUGAGUUUAAUCGAUCCAUACGCUGUUCAUUUUAUUUUAAAAAGUCGCAGCAUACCAAUAAUAACAGAUCUUUACGAGCCUAACAAUCUGGAUCUAAAUUAUCCUGAGCUUUUAAGCAACUGUUCAGAAGUUGAGGUAAACAUCUCCGAGAAAGAAAUUGAAAUGGCGAGCAGGACACAAGAACUCAUGAGAAGGGGCCAGGAGUUUUUAGUCAGUUAGUUUAGUUUUUAG